AUGCUACUUCCACUGCGCGUCCUGGCGGUCGGCGCCGCCUUACCGUUCGCGCUCGCUCUUUCGCCCGCCAGCAUUCCCGCCGACACGCCCGUCUCGGAGCUGAUCGCCUCUGCCAACCAGCAGCUUGCCGCCGGCAACGCGCAGGAUGCCUUGACCUUUUUCGAUGCCGCUGUCGCUCGAGACCCUAAGAACUACCUUACCAUAUUCAAGCGCGGCGCCACUUAUCUUUCCCUCGGCAAGAACAACCAAGCCCAGCAGGACUUCGACAAGGUCCUCGCUAUAAAGCCCGACUUCGAGGGCGCCCUGAUUCAGCGCGCAAAGCUAAAGAGUCGCCAUGGCGACUGGGAUGCCGCGCGGAAAGACUUCGAGGCUGCGGGCAAGAAGGGGGGCCAUGAAAUCGCGGAAUUGGACGAGGCCCAGGGCGCCGCGACUCUGGCGGCCGAAGCGGAGAAGCAGGGCGACUGGGAUGGCUGCAUAACAAAUGCCGGUGUCGCUGUCAUGGUCGCAGGCGGUAACCUCGAACUGCGCAAGUUGAGAGCGAGGUGCCGGUUCGAGAAAGGCGAAGUCGCGGAGGGUGUCAACGACCUGCAGCAUGUGCUGCAGAUCAACUCAGGGUCUAUCGAGCCCCACCUCCAGAGUUCGGCCAUGACGUUUUACUCCCUGGGCGAGACCGAUAAGGGUUUGGCGCAUAUCCGCAAGUGUCUUCAGUCAGACCCUGAUUCCAAGGCUUGCAUGAAGCUCAUGAAGCGCGAGAAGGCAUUAGACAAGCAACUCAAAAAGGCAAAGGGCCUGAUGGAGAAGAGGCAGUAUGCCAGCGCAGUCAAGCUUCUGAUCAAGUCGAGCGAAAGCGCAGGUCUUCUCGAGGACGUGAAGGAGGAUGUGCAGAAGUACAAAGAGGAGGGGUAUAUCCACAGCAAAACUCCGGAUGGACUCUACACUAGCCUCGUUGAGAUGGUCUGCGAGGCUUAUGUUGAGAUGAACAACAAGAAGCGCGCGGAGACGUACUGCGCGGAAGCAGUGAAACUCAACCCCGACAAUCUUCAUGGUCUCAUCCUUGACGCAGAACGCAAAAUCGACGCAGAUGAGUUUGAACCGGCCAUUCACGUUUUGAACGAUGCCAAGGAGAAGGCCAAGGAGCAAGGAAACCAGCAACUACAACGCAAGAUCCAAGAGCUCCAGCAAAAGGCGCAUAAUCUUCUGAAGCGGUCGAAGCAGAAGGACUACUACAAGGUUCUGGGCGUCUCAAGAGAUGCGGACGAAAGAGAGAUCAAGCGCGCAUACCGCAAACUUACCAAGGAAUACCACCCCGACAAGGCAUCACAGAAAGGCAUUACGGCAGAAGAGGCGCAGAAGAAGAUGGCGGCGAUCAAUGAGGCUUAUGAAGUGCUCAGCGAUCCAGAGCUCAAGGCGCGGUUCGACAACGGUGACGACCCCAACGAUCACGAGGGGCAGUCAAACCCGUUCCAGGGCUCGCCAUUUGGCGGUCCUGGUGGACAGCAGUUUUUCAUGCGUCAAGGGCCAGGAGGCUCGUUCAAGUUCCAUGCGGGUGGUGGUGGAUUUGGCGGAGGAUUUGGCGGAGGCUUCCCCGGUGGAUUCCAGUUUUAG